AUGUCUGACGACGAGGAGAACUAUGAUGGCGGUUUCUCCCCAGCCUACGAUGAAGCCGAAGAGCCCGAGUAUGAUCCCGAGGGAAUGGAAGACAUGAACAAUGUUUCCACAGGCGAAGUAGAUGAUGUCGCCGUAUCGACCCAGAAUCCCGAUCAGCUCCUCACUACCGGCGAGCGCGGCGUCGUCACAUCGGGAGAUGUGCAUGCUGCCAAUCGAGCCAAAAGCAACAUUGCGCCCAAGGACAAGAAAAUUCCAAAGGAGCAAAGAACUACCACACCCUACAUGACCAAAUACGAGCGUGCGCGUAUCCUAGGCACUAGAGCCUUGCAAAUUAGUAUGAAUGCGCCGAUUUUGGUUGAUCAGGAGGGUGAGACGGAUCCAUUGCAAAUUGCGAUUAAGGAGUUGAGGGACAAAAAGAUUCCGCUGAUCGUUAGACGUUAUAUGCCCGAUGGAUGGUACGAAGAUUGGACUUGCGAGGAAUUGCUGCAGUGA